GCAGGAAGUAGACUGGAGGGACUGCUCUCGCUUCUCCUCAGCACUGUUCUCCUCUCUGACAACAUGGUGUUGAUAGGAAUCCCCUCCGUGCUCUCACCUGAGCUGCUCUACACUCUGGCUCUCAUGGGCCACGGGGACGAACUGGUUCUGGCUGAUGCUAAUUUCCCAGCAUCCUCCAUCUGUGCCUGUGGCCCCAAAGAGAUAAGAGCUGACGGUUUGGGAAUCCCACAGCUUUUGAAGGCCAUUUUGAAGCUGUUGCCCCUGGACACCUACGUCCCCUUUUCGGCUGCAGUCAUGGAUCUGGUGGACAGUGACAAACGGAGAGGUUUACCUGUGCCUGAGUGGUACACCUACCAAGGGCUCCUGAUUGAGGCUGGGUCUCAGACUCCUCUUGAGAAGGUGGAGAGGUUUGCUUUCUAUGAACGAGCCAAGAAAGCCUACGCUGUUGUAGCGACAGGGGAAACCGCACUUUAUGGAAACUUGAUACUGAAGAAGGGGGUCAUUCCUGAUGAGCUGCUUCAGUGAUGCACAUAUUUUUAAGUGGCAUGGUUGAAUGCCACCGUGCUCUCCCACACACAGCCAGAGACAAGGCUGUUGCUUUUCAGCAUUUUAUUACCACAUACACGUGAACAAACAUAAAUAAACUAACUUAAAGGGUC